CCUGCACACGAAUUCUAUUUAUAAUUAUCGUUUUCCGUAAAACGUGUAAUUUGAGCUGCGUCGCUUGCAAACUCUUACAACAGGUUCAAGUGCAUAGAAGAGAACGGCAGCCAUGGGAGCGUUUUCUAGUUUUUUCGUAUGUUUAGUUGUUAUUCUGGUAACGUUGGGCGGUAGCCAUGGUUACGAGUGCUGCACGAGCUACACGGACAUCAUCGGGACCUACCACCCCUCGCAGUUGUGCGCAGACUACUGCUGUUUGGACAUCAAUCCCACCGAAUUUAAGGUCUGCUGUGACGACCGGUCACGACAGGUUCCAUCCUCCCAAAGGGAUCAGGAUUCGUGUACAAAAGACUGGAUCGAGGAACACAUUUGGGUGCCAAUCGUUUGCGGCCUUGUUCUGCUUGGCCUGAUCGUGCUGCUGACCUGCUGCUGCUGUUGCGGAUGUUGCGCCUGCUGCCGUCGCAGCGGCAGUGGUGGGGUAGUGAUCCACUCAGCCGUACCACAGACCAGCGUGAUCAUGUCUACGCAGCAAACUACGAACGUCAUGCAUGCCGGGUACGAUCAGUAGCUCCGCGAACGUCCGGGGAAGUAAUACGUAGCCAAUGCUAACGGACGUUAUAUUGCAUUGUGCAAAGGGACGGAACUCGUAAUAUCUGGAAAAUAUGACUGCAUGACAAACAUGUCAAGUUAAUUAAUCCAUAACAAACAAUAGCUUAUGUAUUCUUGGUCAUAGUAAUAACAUUCUCUCAUUUACAUAUAAUACGAUAACGUAAGUAAAUGUAAUAAUUUCAAGCUCAACUUAUAUGUUCUUAUUGUUUUAAAUACUAGAGUUUGUAUUCAAAUGUAUAAAUACUAUUAUAUUGUUAUUCUUUUUAAGUUCCGAACUUUAACAUAACAAUGAACGCGUUGUGAUAUUACCCUGCACCAUAAUUAUGCUUACAUUAUAAUAAUGUAUUGUAAACAUGUACUUUUGUUUUAGAAACUUUACCAUGAAAAUAAUUUCAAGUAAUUAUUGUUUGCAUAUUUGUUUUUCAUUUUAUUAAAAAGUACAUCAACGUGUUUUUAAUUUAAAAACAAUAGGAUAUAUGUUCAAACAUGAAGACAAAUUGAUUGAAAAGAAAAACAAAAAUGUUCUUAUUUGUGCUGUCUAUUAUGUAGAAAAGAGUGAGAAAACGCCUGUUGUAUCAUGUCGUUUCUUAAUCUUUAACUCUCGCUAGUGGUUUGUUUGAGUCAUCUGAAUUUCAGUGUUGUGUAUGUAACAUUGUUUGAAAUUUACCCUUAUGAAUCUGCCCAUUUGUAUUCAGACCUCUUCUUACAUGUUCAUUUUAUAAAAGAUUUAAAGCACACGUUCAUAACAAUGUAAACAUUUGUUUUUCAUUGUAUUAAAAAGUACAUCAACGUGUUUUUAAUUUAAAAACAAUAGGAUAUAUGUUCAAACAUGAAGACAAGUUGAUUGAAAAGAAAAACAAAAAUGUUCUUAUUGGUGCUGUCUAUUAUGUAGAAAAGAGAAAAAGCCUGUUGUAUCAUGUAGUUUCUUAAUAUUUUACUCUCGCGAGUGGUUUGUUUGAGUCAUCUGAAUUUCAGUGUUGUGUAUGUAACAUUGUUUGAAAUUUACCCUUAUGAAUCUGCCUAUUUGUAUAUAGACCUCUUCUUACAUGUUUAUUUUAUAAAAGACUAAAAGCAAUAAAAGCACACGUUCAUAACAAUGUAAACAUUUGUACAGUAUCCGCAAUAUGAUGAAUGUACACUUAAAAAUCUUAAAUAUUUUUUAUAUCAUAAGUCUUGGACAGAAAACAACGCAUAUUAUAGUGAUUUUUUACACGUAUUUGUCACGUAAAACCAUCUAUGCAAUUCAUUUACUUAUUGAACACUGUCUUUAUUCAAUAUCACAGAACGUCUUGUUGUCUGUCCCUCUAAAUAAUGUUUAAGUCAACUGAAACGUUUAAGUGCCUUUAAGGUGUCUUUGUAUUAGGUACUCGGACCAUGUGCGGAUAGAUACUUAUACAUCGCCUUCUUAACUAUUGGUUUCACGACCAACACGUAGCUUUACUUACUUGUCCAUGUAUGUACAUUUAUCAAAGGGACCUGGCUAUGAGGAUUAAGAUUCUUUUGUAAUGUCUUUUUCUGUUAAUUGAUAAAGGUGUAAUUUUAUCGUUUGCAAAUACAUACACUUAGUAGAGUUAAAUGAUUGUACAUGGGGCAAAAUAUGUGUUGUACACUUAGUUUUAUUUUAACAGCUUUUAUUUUCUGUGCUUAUAGUACUAUUCUUUUUUCAUGUAUAUCCGUGUAAUAAAUUUCUCUAUAAAAGUA